AUGAGUGUCGAGUACCCGCUUCGUAUUCUACUGAUUGGCAACGGAGGCCGGGAGCAUGCCAUUGCUUGGAAGUUGAGCCAGUCAUCUCUGGUCGAGUCGAUUAUAGCAGUACCAGGCAACGGAGGUACAGCAACUUGCCCCAAGACCACAAACGACACCACCGUAUCGGGCGAAGACUUCCCUGCGCUGCUCGACCUCGCAAGAAAAAACAGUAUCAACUAUGUCGUCCCUGGACCUGAAGCGCCCCUCGUCGCCGGUGUUGUGGAUUUCUUCAAGAGGGCAGGCAUCCAGAGCUUUGGUCCAUCGAAGAAGGCAGCGCAGAUGGAGGGGAGCAAGACCUUCUCCAAGGACUUCAUGAAGAAACACAACAUUCCCACCGCCGCCUACGAGAACUUCUCCGACUAUGAAAAAGCCCGCGGAUACAUCGACCGGGUCCAGCAUGACGUCGUGAUCAAGGCCGAUGGCCUUGCGGCUGGCAAGGGUGUUAUCAUGCCAACGUCGAAAGAGGAAGCACACCAGGCUCUGAAGGAUAUCAUGCAGAAAAAGGAAUUCGGCUCUGCGGGAGAUGAGGUGGUUAUCGAGGAGUUCCUGACGGGCGAUGAGCUGAGCAUCUUGACUUUCAGCGACGGCUACACGAUCAAGUCACUACCCCCUGCCCAGGAUCACAAGAGAAUUGGCGAAGGCGAUACAGGACUCAACACAGGAGGCAUGGGAUGCUAUGCGCCGACAAACAUCGCAACACCAGAGCUCGUGGCGCAAAUAGAUCGAGACAUCAUCCAACCCACCAUCGACGGCAUGUGCAACGACAAAAUGCCGUUCGUCGGUAUACUCUUCACUGGACUCAUGAUCACUUCAACCGGACCGAAAGUCCUCGAGUACAACGUGCGAUUCGGAGACCCAGAGACCCAGACCGUACUGCCAUUACUGUCCGAGGACACAGAUCUGGCUGAGAUCAUGGUAGCGUGCUCAGAACACUACCUCCGCAGCGUUGAGAUCAAGGUCGAGCCCAGAUUCAGCGCCACUGUCGUCGUCGCCGCUGGGGGCUACCCAGAGUCGUACGCGAAGGGAGAGGAGAUGACCGUACAAGCGCCGCCCGCUGGCAUCAACAUAUUCCACGCCGGCACCAAAUUGGCAGAUGGCAAACUGCAGACAGCAGGAGGCCGAGUAAUAGCAGCAAGCGCCACCGCUACAGAGAGCCUGCGCGCGGCCGUCGACAAGGCUUACGAGGGCGUGAGGCUAAUCCAGUUCAAGGACAUGUACUACCGCAAGGAUAUCGCCCACCGCGCCUUCCAGCCGACGAGCGAAACCAAGGAGGCCCUGACGUACGCGCAAGCAGGCGUGAGCAUCGAAACAGGCAACCAGUUCGUGGAGCGGAUCCGCAACGCCGUCCGGUCCACGAAACGUGCCGGCGCCGACGCGGAGAUCGGCGGGUUCGGCGGCGAGGUAGACCUGUCCAAGGCAGGCUUCUCGAGCGACGCUCCCAUCGUGGUGGGCGCCAUCGACGGCGUCGGCACGAAGCUGAUGAUCGCGCAGGCGACGUCCGACCACACGACCGUGGGCAUCGACCUCGUCGCCAUGAACGUCAACGACCUGGUCGUGCAGGGCGCCGAGCCCGUCAUGUUCCUCGACUACUUCGGCUGCAGCCGGCUGGACCCGUCCGUCGGGGCCGCCUUCGUCGAGAGCGUCGCCGCGGGGUGCCGCGCCGCGGGCUGCGCCCUCGUCGGCGGCGAGACCGCCGAGAUGCCCGGCAUGUACAAGGACGACGACUACGACGCCGCCGGCACCGCCAUCGGCGUCAUGCGCGCCGCGGACCGCCUCCCGCGCCUCGACGCCAUGGCCGAAGGCGACGUCCUGAUGGGCCUCGCGUCCUCGGGCGUCCACUCCAACGGGUUCUCCCUCGUCCGCCGUAUCCUCGCACGCGAAGAACUGGCCUACACCAGUCCCGCGCCCUGGACGACGUCUACCUCCUCCUCAUCCUCAACCUCCCAGCAACAACAACAACAACAACAACAACAACAACCCACAGUAGGCGCCUCCCUCCUGACGCCCACGCGCAUCUACGUCAAACCCCUACUCUCCGUGCUCCCGCACCUCAAGGGCCUCUCGCACAUCACCGGCGGCGGCCUGACCGAGAACGUGCCCCGCGCGCUGCCGCCGCACCUGGCCGCCGAGAUCGACGUUGCCACCUGGGAUCUGCCGCCCGUGUUCCGCUGGCUCAAGACGGCGGGCAACGUCGCGCCGGCCGAGAUGGCGCGCACAUUCAACAAUGGCGUCGGCAUGGUGGCCAUCGUGGCCGCGGCGGACGUGGAGACGGUGAAGACUAAGCUGACGGAGAUGGGCGAGACGGUGUAUACGAUCGGCCGGCUGACGGCGCGGGCGGAGGGGGGCGAGGAAUGCGUGCUUAAGGGGCUGGAAUCGUGGAAUUAG